CUUUUCAUCCCUUUUACUCUCUCCUCCAUCUGCUGUGUUACUAGUCCUUUAUUAUUAUAUUAUUAUUAUUAUUAUUAUUAUUACUACUACUAUCUUGGUAUUCUUGAUUCCCUGUUUCUGUUUCUGUUUAGACUUAGUUUUUAGUUGUUCUGCGUGUGUACUUUUGGUCGCGUUGACUUUCGCCUCCCUGUUUGAUUAUCUACUACUACUACCACUACUACGAUAUCCUAUCCCAACUCCUAUUAUUUUUUGUUCUUUACCCUUCCACUUUUUAUCUUUUCUAUUCAGAUCAUGCCUUACAAUACUCGUCGCAAGUCGCUCUCCCUUCCGUUGCUAGGCAUUCAUCUUCCAAACACUUCCCGCCGAUCUCCUCCCUCCUCAAAACCCUCGCACGCGACCGACGAACCACUGCCUCCCUCCAAAAAGGUCAAGAGAUCCCAUGAGUCCGAAUCGCCUGAACCGACCCUUCCGGGCUCAAAUACGAAGGAACUGACCCCACCACCCUCCCCCACGGAAGGUACCAAGAUCGACGUCGAGGGAAUCAAUGAUGAUAUCGUUGUUGGGGUGAUUGAACAACUAGAGAAGACCGCCAAUCGUCCGCACUUGGUAAAGGAGUUGGCCGCCGUUCUUCUGUCUUUCAAUGAGAGUGUCGCAAAUUCCGCAAAUCCCGCUGCUCUGCUGUCUUCUCGUCUGAGUGCGUACAUGAAACGCCCGUGGACGGCGCUAGCGCCCUGCCCUAUAGCCAAGGAACUGAUCCUGAUCCAUCCUCGCAAGGUUUACUACUACUUGACAACCCUUCCUCGACAACCGAUUCCUGAGAAUUCCGAUGAUGUGAUCAUCCCGGGCAUCGACGGCAAAUCUAUCACUCCGAGCAUUUCUAUUGCAGAUGAUGACGAGGAGCAGGAGGAGGAGGAGGAUGUGAUGCGGCGACAGCGAUCCCUGAGUCCGGAAGUCGACCUGUCGUCCCCUGAUUUUGAGGGCGAGGAGGACCUUGGUCUGGGUGCGUGUGCUGGUUCGGGGAGUGCCAGGCAUAGCCCCGACUUCCCCGACCAUCGUCACCAUGGGCGCUUGAUUCACUCGAACCGUGCGGCUUCUCCACCACUGGAGGGUGAUGAGAAGGAGUUCACCCAGACGGCUAGUGCUGUGCGCGAGCGGGCCUCGGAGCAAAAAGCGAGCCAACUGGCCCAAGCAAAGGGCGGAUUUUCUGCCCUGACGGAAGCGCUGCAAGAGCUCGAUGACAUGAGCAUGAGUAUGAGCAUUUCCGGAACCCCUGUGGACGACGGUGCUCUCGCGUCUCUCGGCGAGGACCCAAUGCCCGAUGCACAGGUUGACUAUUUCUCGAUGGGAGGCCGCCAAGAACAGUCUCCUCUCCAGGAACAACUUCAGCAGCAGGCUCUGAAUGAUGCCACCGUUGCCACUCUGUUCGGCACUUCCCCUUCCCCUUCUCUCACAUCCGUCGCCUCAUCCGUCUCGUCUGGUAUGAGUGCGGCUUCGGAUGAUGACUUGGAUGCCGAGCCCCGGCCCGACUCGCUCUCUGCGCCACACAUCACUCUCCCGGAGGUCCCGACAUUUGCGCCCGUGUCGACCCUGAAGCGCUCGCUCGACAUGUUGAACAGCGAGCUUCCAGAUUUGGAUCUGAAAAUGUCUGAUCUGACCGAGACCGAAGAGCAAGUGUCUCUGGGGACUAGACUUGUGUCAACCCCCCUCGUUGAUAUGACUCUCGAUUCCUGGCGCGAGCUCCAGAGUCCCGAAAGCGUGGAUGUGGAUGAGCUCGACGAGAUGUUUGGAGAGAUUUAAAUCUUAUCGGUCCCUCUCUUCUCUAUCCUUUUUAUACGACUCGACUUCUUAGGGUUCGCUUUAUUGACGGGAACUCUGGAUCAUCUCUCUACUCACGGCCACGUUUUGAAACCUUUUUUUUUUCUUUUUCCCCCCCUCUCUUUGGUCUAUUGAAUAUACCGUCCCAUUUACGUGCGAGUUUUAUUUUAAUCGUGUACUGUUAUAUGUUUUUUUUAAUCCUUUCUGUGUCUUUGGUUCGUGUGUUGGCUGCUCUCUCUCUCUCUCUCUCUCUCUCUGUGUUUUGUUUUCUAUUCAUGAUGGCAGAAGCCUAUCUUUUACUUGUACAUAUACUUCCCCCCCCCCCUCUAUGCUCGUCUCUCGCUUGAUUCCCAAUACCUGUUGCGCUGGUUAUGAUACAUAUAUUUUGGAGGGAUUAUCUGCACAUUUCCGUUCGGUUGGCAUGGUGAAAAGCUGAUGAUUUUGCGGAGGAACAAUGACGCCAUUCAAAAG